AUGCAGCGCGUCUGUGGCAAGGAUUGGCCGAGCCAGACGCUGAACCCGUGGGCGACUCCGGCCGCGUGCUCCACGCCCCUGCCACCCCGCCCGGUUGACCUUCUUGACCUUGACCCCUCUCGCGGGGACAGAGUUGCCUCCCCCGCCGCCGCUUGGUUGAUCCUGUGUCUCGGCCGUCAGGUAGGGAAUUUCCUGAGGCCUCUUCACCUCGUUGGCUGCGUUCUCCUGCUCCCAGGGUGGGUGUCUGCGUCUAUUAUCUCACCUCCUGGAUCCAGUUCGGAUGAUGAGGGCAGUUCGCUAGCCACAGUGCCCACUUUCAAUGCGGCGACCCAUGGAGCUGGUCGAGCCCCUCAUGUGCGUCCUGCUGGGCCCCCGCCGCCCACUCCGGCCAAUGCGCCACCGGUCGCAUCCCGCGUUCUCUAUUUGCAGGCAGCAACCCCUGUAGAAGAUUACUCCUUGGGUCAGUGGCCACCGGUUGGCCCUGCUCGGGCUGCUGUGUCUACUUCUGCCGUGACCACUGUGCAAAUCCAACUGUCCCAGUUUCAGCAUGGGGUUCGAGCGGUUGUUGAUGCCAUCCCUCCGGGUACGCCCAUCUGCAUACACAAUCCCUUCACGGCGCGUGCACAAUGCAGCUGGCUGGAAUAUCAUGCCGGGGUUGAGAUUUCGCCCUUUACUGUGUUUCAAGACCAUGCCAAUCACCGGGGGUGGAGAGGCCUUGCUCUCUUACAUCCACAACCGGAUGCCCUGGCGGUCCACCUUAUCGGCCAACCGCUUCAUCCUGACAAUGCUGCGGUCGGGAUUGUCUUGCGGGAUAGGUUGGUCCCUUGUUGUCUACCACGCUGCGUUCGGGCAUCCGCCUUACAUUCGCUCCAUGUCGGGGACGAUGUCUGCGAUCUCCACUUUUCUGGGCUGAUUCAUGAUGAAGCCGAUACCGUGCAGCUACGGGAUGGAGACUGUUUCGGUGCUCGCAUCAGACCCCCACGCCCCUCCGCUACCCGACCGGAGGUUGCCUAUGCCACGCCCGCCUCAGCCGCCGUGGGCGCGCCCGGUGCCGAGGAUCGAUCCUCAUCUAUCCUUGGCGCCCUCGGUUGGGCCGCUUCACCCCUAUGGUACCUUGGGCUCUUCCUUUUUGGGAGUGGAUGGCGUCAUGCAGGGCCGGGUUUGAUUAUUGUCUGCUUUGGCACCCUAGCAGUCUCUGCUAUGCAUCGCCCUGGUGGCUUUCCAUGGGGUGAGCACCCCCGUAAUAGAGAGCUCAGUGAUAUCACGGCCCACGACCCAGUUUAUGUUGUCUUGCAUAGCCCCUUCCUUGGCGCUUACCCUGCUUAUACCGCAUCCAGAGACACGCGCCACCAUGCCAUCUGGGCACAGUUCUUGAACGAUGAGCCUGCAUGGCCGGCAGACUUCUUCCCGGUGUGGCCGGGACCGGCAUUCAAUGAACUGUCGAUUGUCCCAAUCGGCGCCGACCCUGCCAUUGUUACUUUGAUGCUGCAGUGGCGAGGCCUCCCUCGUGCAAUCGUCGCCCCGCGGGUCAUGACAGUUAAGUGGCUCAUGUCCUUGAUCGCCCGCCUUGUCGGGCGAAAUGUGGGAGAAAUUGCUGUCCCACAUGGUCUGGCGGUCGCAGAAUUCUUCGAUGUGCCACCCGCCGCACUCAGGUUCCGCAACGGUGAUGUUGUGUAUGCACUGGAGGCCCAGGAUGCCGAUGAUGAGGCAAUGCAGGCUGUCGAACCAUGGCAUCUACAAGAUGGACUAGCAGCCCAGCACGUCCAGUUGGUUCAGGUCUGCAAUGUUGCGGCCCAGGUCCAUGUCAUUGUGGCCACACCGGGUGAGCGUCUCUGCCGAGUGUCUGACAGGUUUGUCUCCAAAUCCACUCUGGCAUCAUCGCUAAAUCUUGACCCCGCCUCGGUCUGCGUGGGUGGGAUACCGGCAUAUGCACUUGAACAGUCCUGCGAGCUCCGGAACGGAGAUGUUGUUUUUGGCAAUGUUGAACAGCUCGACAGCUCCGGCUCGGUGGGGCCACUGGCUCGUACCGUCCUGGCCGCUGUCCUGUGGACUGCCGUCACCCAUGGACCGGACCGGGUCGGCUGGAGCCUCUUGGCAAUGCUUGUGCUCGGCCAGUAUGCAAACCAGGAAGGUGCUCUUUUCGGAUGUCAAGCUAUGCAGCUUCAGGCCGUCCCUGUCGCCGCUGGACCUGAGUCGGCGGGGCCAGGAUUCCCUCGAGCAUCUGCUCCUCCCCGACUCAUGCAAGUCCACGUCGCCGACCCCUUUGCGGCAUGGACGGUUGUCCGGGUCGAUGAGUCCGAGAUCUUCCCCAGCCUCCUGGAGGUCUGUCCGGGCGCCCUGGCCUCCUGGCAUCGGGGAUUUGCCAUGGCUGACUCUGCCUCGAUGGGGCUGCCUGUGGCUGUUCCGCACCCUGGGCGGGGGUUAGUUUGCGUCCUGGUUGUCGGUCUUGGGCAACGCAUCUGUGUGUUCUUGCCUGCGUUUCUGACUCUCCGCGCAGCUGAGAGGGCAGUUGGCCUCCGUAUGGGGCAGCUUGUUGCCCUUCAGUUAGGUCCAGGUCUCGUUGCCGAGUCGAGACAACUGGGCGCUUUCCUUGCCCUUCGUACCGGGGAUACUUUGGGCGUUCGACUUGUCAGUACGCUUUCGUUCGCUGCGACACCUCCUCUGCCUCACUUUCCUACAUGGCAGCGUGCCCAUGCUGAAGGUGCGUGGAGGACCGACUUUGUGGUUGACCACCCCUCCUCCCUGCUCUUGUGGCGACCCAAUUGUCCCACCCGAUUACUUUGCUUUGGCCCUAAUCAACGCUGGAGUGCUGCUCAGGCGACCAUUUUAGGGGACGACACUCCUUUUGCAGAGGGACGGUGGACGCCCUGUGUCGGGCAUCAAGGAGUCAUACCAUGGCUCCUUUUUCAGGCCACCGAGCCCUCACAAGUCCAUGUCAUCCGCACUCACAGCUGCACUGAAUGCGUCGCUGUUAACCGUGAUGCUGCCUAUGACAUGUGGAUUGAUGGUUUUCAGGUCCGCCCGCCCACAGCUCGACCGGAAAAGAUCACUCGAGUCCGGGAAGGAGAUUGGUGGAUCAAGGCUGUUGCUAGCGGAGGGGGUUUGGUCUCUGGCGCAUCUAAGGGGUUCCGAUUCUUCCUCUUGUUGGCCAUCUCUCUGUAUCUUCCAGCUGGUUUGGCUGCCUCGUCUUCCGAGGGUUGCCGCAGCCCUGACUCGUCUGAGGCCCGUACCAUCAGGUCCCGCGGGCGGUGGGAUGCGCGCAGCCGGAGUCGAUCGCCACCAUCGGUUGCCCAUUUUCCCCCACGAAUUGAUUGGACCGAUGGCGAACCUUUCAUUCUCCAUGCUGGCUGGCGCCUCCACGAAGGGGAUGGCCUUACCGCCUUCGACCAAUGCUAUCUGCGUCCUGAUCAGGCCACCGUCCGCACAUUAUGUCCAAUCCUUGGAUGGAGCGCCGCUGAAGCUGCUGAUCUAGGCCGUUCCUGGACUUAUUUUGAUAGGAUUGGGCAACGGUUUUGUGGCAGCUGGUGCACUCGUUUCUUCCCAGUUCGAGGGGUUCGGCCACUCACAGAAGUCGUCCUGGCUCCGGUCGCUCCCUGCGGUUUGGCCACGGUAAUCAUUCAUACCUUAGAUGAGACCGGUGCUUUUCUCUUACCGGUCGACACCACUCCUGCUGCCAUUCAGGCGGCUGCUGCAAUACGCUCACCCCAGGUCAGGUCCUGGCAUCUUAUGCUUCCUCCGGCGCUACGCGCUGUGCAUGAACACCAGGUCAUUCGACUACGCAACGGGGACCUCUUUGGGCUGCAGCCCUGCCCUGGUCAGCCGGGUUACUCCCCGCGACCCACACUGCAUUUUCCUUCCCUUGAGGUCGCCCGUCAGGUUGCCAGUUGGUCCCUUCCCUUUCGUUUUGAUACUGGGGACACGGCGACAUUCUGGACCACCUCUAGCCGGGUAGGGCGCUCAGUCACUGUACGAGGCGGUGGGAUAUGGGACCCGCGCGGACCCACGUUUCGAAGUCCGAAUGGUCAGCAGAUGCUGGGUUCGUGGGUCCCGGUCUUGCAAGGGGGCCUCACACGUUUGCAUUUUGUCAGUCGGACUCUUCCGGUUGAGGCCUUGGUCCUUUGUUUGAUCCCACCUACUGACGAACCGAUAGGGGUUUUCCUGGCCGGCAUUUGCGCCUGCCGACCCCCCUUUGGCUGGAGACUGGUCCCUUCCAUUCGACGCAGCCGCGCCGGAGGAUCUCUCCGCGACGCUGAUGUCCUUGAGGUCGACCCUGCUGCGACUUUCACCUGGGAUCCCUUUGAUGGUCGCCCCCCGAUUCUUGCCGAAGAUACACCGGGUCAGGAUGAUCGUCAGGUUGAUCCGGACUCCUCUUGGGACCUCGGCUUUCCGGCUGCCAUCUCCGCUGCGUCCUGCGUUCUUCCCAAACGCAGCGUUAGUUGGGCCCUGAUCAUCUUUGGCCAGGAGAACAUGCAGGAUCUCACUGAGCAGGCCACCUUGGAAGUUGUCUAUGUUAGUAGUCUUAUGGCGACCUUCGGUGCGGCCACUCCGCUCUCGCAUCCCGGCGCCAGUCUCCUUUUUAUUCUCACCCCGGAAGUUCGUGCUGUUCGCACUCCGGCCGGCGGGACCAACACUGAGUACUUGCAUCGAGUCUGGAAUCCUGCUGGGAUGGUACAGGGGCCCUUUCCUGGGCCAUCGCACCGAUGCCCGGACGUGCUGCGCCACAGUAUCCCUGCAUGGGAUCAUUUCGCUCGAGUACGCCCGACCCAACAUGUUGCCUUCAUUGACUGGGUUCCAGUCCCUCCGGACCCGGACUCUGUGAUUGUGCUCCUUCACGGCGGAGUUAGCUCGCGUGCUGUUAUGCUGCCAUGGCGAGCUUCGCCCCAGGAAGUCUUAGAUCGUCUCCGUGCGUUCGCACCCUUGGCCUCUUCCGUCUCCGCCACUCCAGCUGCAUGGAGAGGCCUGUACCACGGUGGAUGGCAGCGAUUCCCACCCUGGGCUGGUGGAGCACCGGAUGAGGUCCUUAUCGCAACUGAUGGGAGCGGCACCCACUCCGGUGGUUGGGCCUUUGCAGCCUGGUGUUGUUGGAAAGGGUCUUGGUACCGUGUCGGUUGGGAUGCUGGCGCCCUGGGCAUGACCCCUUGGCUUCCCAGUUUGCCGGAAGGGGGCACGGAUCUCCGCUCAUACGCUGGGGAACUGAGUGCCCUAGUCUCGGCUGCGGCGUGGCUUACGGCUUGGUGGGACCACCUCCUUCUCCACACGGGUCACGCACCCAGGCAAGUGACUAUAGCAGUCGAUAACAGUGCUGCCCUGCAGGUCGCUUGUGGCCAUGCUGCGGCCACCCUUGUACAUUCUCAAGUUUGCAGGGCUCUUUGGCAGGGCGUCCAGUCCCGGUGUACCACUCACUUCCGCCAUGUCCCGGGGCACGCUGGGGCCCUGGUCAAUGAAAUUGUCGACGCGUUAGCAGGAUAUGCCAGCCUGCAUUCCAGGUGUGCCACAGCAGGUUGGUGUCGUUUGUUGCCAACCUUUGGGGAUACACUUGCCGCCUGCGCACCACUGCUGUGGCUCCUCCCGCGCGCCCAGCUUGGUACACAUGGCCUACACUGGCGGCCGGCGGGGUGGGAGCCACCGCCUGCACAACCACCUGUCGCGGAGAGUCGUCAGCCUCUGCCGUCUGCCCCUCCGACAGGCGAGCCUGACUGCCCCACUCCGCUUCGCAUCAAUUUCAGGGUUGUGCAGGCUAACAUCCAGACUAUUAAAGAUGUAGAUGUGUCCUUCUUCAACCGCGACGGCCAUGGUCAACGUCGGGUCUACCUUGCAAAGCAGUUGCAGGCCUUGGAUGUUCAGAUUGCGUUUCUCCAAGAGUGUCGUAGUCGGCCUGGCCGAUGGUCCUCUCACGGCUUCCUAAGCUUCCGCUCUGGUGCCGAAAAGGGACUGUAUGGGGUUGAAAUUUGGAUCCGCCCGGGUCUGCUACAGCCCGCCCUUUCGUUGGAUGACUUUCGGAUUCGCCAUGCCGAUCCACGCAUGCUGUUCGUACAGUGUCAACGUGCUGAACUACCGAUUACCCUUGUUGCGGCCCAUGCCCCACACUCGGAGAGACCGGAGGCGGAAGCGCGGCGGUUUUGGGGUGAUUUUCGAGUCCACUUGCUUUCGGCCUGUAAUCGGGGGACCGUGAUAAUCGGUGUUGAUGCCAAUGCUGACAUUGUAGGGCGCGACGAAGAUGAGAUCCUUGUCGGUGAUCUCCUCUCCCUGCGGCCCCCACGUCUGAAUGAUGACCUUCUCUUGGCGUGCCUGCACGAUGCCUCCUUGGCUGCGCCCGGGACUUGGGCAGGGAUUCACUCUGGUCCUACUUGGACAUGGCAACACACAGGCGGCAAGACCCAACGGCUAGACCACCUGCUCGUUUCAAGCGGGACCACGAUUCGGGCCCACCGACAGUUCCCUGAGUUCGAUAUUCUGAAUGGGGAAUCCAGGGACCAUACGCCUAUCACUGCCCUGAUUGAAGUCUGUGGGCGUCGCGGGAAGCGGGUGCAAUCACGUUGCCCAUAUGCACCCGCGAGUGGCGAUCAGGUGGCCUCUACGAUGUGGUCCCUGCUGGGGGACACCUUUUCAGGCACUUGUGACGAACAAGUACAACGGCUUUGCGACGCCCAUGAUGCUGCCGUCAAGCAGCUGCCCGCUAGGCCACCCUUUCUCCGGAGGCAGCCAUACCUCUCUGUAGCAGCCGAAGUACUGCUCACUACGCUCCGGGACGCACGGGCUGAGCUCCGACGAAUCUCGGCCCUCCAGCGAUUGCAGCUCUGCCGCCUUGCCUUUCAUUCGUGGCGACCGCAGACGCCUGGGGUUCCCAGAUGGGAACGCCACCAGACUCAGAUGCUAAGGGCUCAUUACGCCCACGUCUGCUUUAAACUGCGGGCCCAGGCCCAUGCGCAGGCCCGCCAGGACAAGCAGGCUUACUUCGAGUCGCUUUUGGUCGAUGCCAUUGACCAUUGGCACGCAACCGGGCGGCCUUCUGAAGCUGUUGCCAAGCUUUCGUGGGCCUCUAAGGGUGCUAAACAGAAGCGUGAUGUCCGAGCCGCCAGUGGCUUUGAUAUUGACGAACAGCUCCAGUUGCAGUUUCAACAACAGGAAGGGGGACGUCCUGUUUCUGAUGAUCAGUUACACCUAGCCUUUUCACACUGGGCCACCGUGCCACGACCUGCAUGCGCGGCGGCGGUGCCCACUCUUCUUGACGUCGAACAUAUGUGCAGGGCACAGCGACGGGGCAAGGCCCCCGGGCCUGAUCACAUUAGAAACGAAAUUUGGAAAGCCUGCCCGGACCGGGCCGGUCGCUGGCUGUGGCCCAUGUGGUUGCGCAUGGCAUGGGGAGAAGCCGAGCCCCUGCACUUCAAAGCUUCUAUUGUCGGGGCUCUGCAUAAGAAAGGCCCGGCCCACAUCCCGGCCAAUUUUCGGUCGAUUGCCAUGCUCAAUGGCGUCGCAAAGCUAUGGCACUCGCAGCUGCGAUCCACACUGGGCCAAGAAGUCAUUGCCCAUUAUUUCCCUACCCAACUUGGUGGCAGGAAGGGAAUCGAUACUGGCCUCGCUCUCAGUGUCUUCAGGUCCGCUGUUGACUUAGCUUCCGUCCGCGGGCACUCAUGGGCCGCAUUGUUUGUCGACAUUCAAGCCGCCUAUUAUGAAGCGGACCGACUCCUGCUAUUCCAAGGUCGCGAUCUUGAUUCUGCUUUGCAGGGGCUCCAGCUCCCCAGACAUGUACACAGGCUUAUCCAAGAUGGUGUGCUGACAGGGUUAGGCGUCCCCGAAGAUCAGGUCGCCCUCUUGCGUGACUGUGUUGAAUGUUCCUUUUGGCGGAUGGUUGGGCAACCGCAAGCUAUCAUUGCUAGCCGCGGCUCCCGGCCCGGCGACGGCCUGGCUGAUGUUCUUUUCGGAGCCCUGUUUGCCGUGAUCUUGCAGUGCCUCCAUCAUGCCCUUCGUGCUGAGGACAUUGUCCACACUGCCUCUGCCGAUGCCUUGGGUCAGCCCGACGCCUCGCUGCAGAUCGCGUGGGCUGAUGAUCUGUGUCUCCUGGUUGACUUCAUCCGAGCCGCAUGGGCUGUCACGAAGCUCCGUCGCUUGUGUGCCAUUGUGUUACAGGUGUUCGAAGCUUUUCGUUUCCGGGUUAAUCUUGGCCAUGGCAAGACGGAGGCCCUUGUCCACCUCCAGGGAGCUGGGGCCAAUGCCGCCAGGCAAGAGCUUCUGUCGCCUGAACCUUGCCUUGACCUUCCUGAUGGCAGAUCUAUCAGGGUCGUACCUGAAUACAAGUACCUCGGCGUUGCACAGCGGUGUCGUGACACCGGGCGUCGAGAUAUCGAGGCUGCAGCCGCCCGCGGCAAUGCUAUCUGGACCCAAGCAGCCGGGCUGGUCCACUCCCCCCACCUUCCGUGGCCCUUAAAGCUUGUUUGGCUGCAAGGGCGGACCCUUCCCGCCGCCUAUUCCUCGCUUGCCACGACCCUUGCUCGUUCUGAGCGGGCCUGGGGCCCUCUUCAUGGGUUUCUUGACAAGUGCCUCCGACAGCUCGUUGGGGCUUGGGAUGCUGGUCACCAUGUUGCCUCUGCCCAACUGCGAGCAUGUACGGGUAUCUUGGAUGUUGAAUGCGCCGUUAUCAUUGCCAGGGUCCGUCUGUUAUGCCGGAUUGUCUCCGGACGGUCAACAGAGGCAUUCGCACUUUUCGAAGCAAGCUGGGAUCGUGGCGGUGAUUGGGCCUCCUUGCUUGCUGAGGCGGUGCGUCGUGUCUGGCCUGCCUCCGGUCUCCCUGCGCUCCAGGCAGGGGAGCCCACUCUACUCGGUAUUCGGCGCCACCUCAAGAAGCUCCUUACAGCAUGUCGGAAAAUUAGCCGUUCAGGCACUAUGCUUCUAGCCCUUCAACGUGCCUGGAAGAGUCACGAGAGCCCCACGCCGAAGCGGGUCAUCGGCCUUGCCUCCCCGCGGAUUUGUUCAGAAUGUGGGGCGACACUUGCGUCGGCUCACGCCCUCGCAGCGCACAUGCACAGGUUGCAUGGCCGAGUUGCCUUGUGCACUCAAUAUACCCUCGGCACUGUCUGCCUGUGGUGUCUGACGGAAUUCCACAAUGCAGCUCGGCUUCGCUAUCAUCUGCUCAACACCCCUGAGUGCGAACAUGGCCUCCGCUGCUGUGUAGGGCCUGUCUACGAGUAUGGCUCUGGCACAAAACGACGUGGCAAGCAAGGCCACGCGCGUGCUCCAGUUUUUCGGGUUUGUGGGCCUUUGAACGCAACCGCAGCUCAACGCCUUGCUGCAGCUGAGGAAAGAUGCUGCACGGAGGCCGAGCUCUCGGCAGAGCUGAGUUUGCUUGCACCCGGGCCGGGAUUUGCUGACGGUGCCCGCUCUUCACCCGUGGUACCCUUCCGGCGCAACUCUGACAGUGUUCCUGCGUUCUCUCCGCCCGUGUCUGUUGCCGCCGGUCCUCCGCUUUCGCAGCUUGCGCCGCCUGCAGCGUCUGCCGCGUCGGCUGCCAAGCCGUCGCUGUUCCCUCGUCCAGCACCUGCACCCGGUGGGACUCUCGGAAGCCCGCUUGGCCUUGAUACCCGGAUCAUGUCCUUGUCUACUCUACCUCAUGUGGUGUACCGCUUCGUUGAGUUUCCUUCCGACUGUGAGACUUCGGUUUUGUCUUGCCGGUGGGAUGGUGUGCCACCCGCGAUUUGGUGCUUGCCAGACAGCUGGGCUGCAUGUUGGCGGAUGUUCUUGGCGCUUGACACGCAGCACCCCUGGUCGCCUGAAGUCUGGCGCCUCUCGGCCUUUUUACGCAAAGAGGAGCGACCGUCACCUUGCCCUGACGGGUGUGGUGCCGCUGGGUUUGGGCAUUUUGCUUCGGGUCGCAUCCUCUUCAUGCGGCGGAUGCUUACUUUCUUGCACCUUCUCCGCCAGGUGCGGUUUGGUGCCGUUCUUUGGAGUGCUCGUCCGCUCCCCGCUACCUUUUGGCAACUUCUGCGCCGUGCGUCGCCUGGUGCGGUUGGGACCUCGGCGGUUCCUGUGCUUGGUUUUGGCACUGUGUUCUGCCUGCCUGAGGUCGCUGCCCAUGCCUUGGCCCUUCUUGCGGUUGGGCGCCUGUCUGGCGCUUCUCCUCGCCGUUUGGCCUUCCCUCACCAGCUUCUGUAA